CUCUGGAGGCGGACCCGAGUUGACUUAAACUCCGGGGCUGCGCGGCGUUGCGUUUUCCCCGCUCGCCCCGGUUGGGUUAUGCGCCGGUUGUUGGAUUCUCGUUUACCAAUCCCAUGAAGAAUUAAGUUAAAGUGUUGUUUAGAGUGAUAGAGCAAUAGUGGACCCGGAGGAGCGCACAUGAAUUAUCACUUAAAAAGACCAAAGAAGAAAACACUGUGUGGAGUGGUACUAACACUUUUGGAGGGAAAUGGGAACAUAUACAAUAACGAAUGAGUAAUAUAUUUAAAGGGAAUAAUACACCUAGGAAAGGUGGUCUGAACUUUGACCUCUGUUAUGAAGACACAAGAAAGUAGUGUAAACUUUCUAAGAAGCCCCAGUUUCCAUUACAUUGCUUUGAGUGUGCUGCUGCCACCAUGCUAUUCAUAGUUGGGAGGAUUCCCCACAACAGAACAUAAGAAUCCAGUGCUUUGAUGGCUUGCUGGCAUGUGCACCUGUCACUGGGCUGCUUGUGGACCCUUUUGCACCUGACAAGAGUACAUGAACUAUUGGAACCAAUCCUAGUAACCACCAGAGAGGAGAGAAGCUUAAAACUACAGAGCAACCAAUGGACUGUUGUGCCCUAACCUACAAUCUAAGAAAACUUUGGCUACUCCUGUGCAAAGAGGUUCUUAAGUUCAGCCAUAGUUGGAGUUUGUUAGAUUGCUGACAUUCAAAAUAGCUGGCUUUUCAUACACUGCUGCUGGAUCAAAGCAACAAUGAAUUGGAAUGCAAAAUCCGAGAGUGUCGCCUUACCACCACAGUAUCCUAAAAAACCGGCAUCAAAUUUUUUGGAGCAAGCUUUAGUAAACACACUUACCACAACAUCUCAAAGUUCUUUAAACCAUCCCGGAAGUAACCAGAAACCAUGCCUGUUUCUCAGUAAUUCAAAUCCAGUUUCACAGCCACUGCUCAACAUCAGAAAUUAUAAAACUCCUCAACAAAUCCCUAUUUCUGAUAUGCAUAGUGGGACCAUUGUGACCUCACAAACUUCAGUAGAAAGAAUAACAUAUACGAAUGUUACAGGACCCAAACAACUAAAUCACGAUUUGCAGAUGUCUUCGGGAGUCACACAAGAUGUAUGGUUGAAUUCGCCAAUGAGGAAUUCUGUGCUUUCUCAUACAGGAACAACUGUAUCUCAGCAGACUAGUUUUGGAACAAAUAUGCCCAAUGCACAUGCAUUGCAGAAUCAGUUUCUAACAUCAGAUACCUAUUCUAUGCAACUACAAAUGAUCCCUUCUAAUUCUGAAAGAGUUCCUGUAACUUACCAAGGAAACCCGAGAUUUAACCCACCUUUAUCAGAGCAGCAGGUUGAUUGGGCACAGCAGUGUGCAUCCAGUGGACUGACAUACCCAGAUUACAGACCACUUCCAAAGCAGUACAGUUAUUCAUCACGAAGCUUUCUACAAGAUCCUGCUCUUCAGACACAAAACCCUAUGUCAUCUGUAUCAUUACAAGUUAAAAACAGUCAAUCUCCGAAUUCUGCACUGUGUGUACAGUCAAAGCAGAUUGCAACUGUGCCAUCAUAUCAAUAUGCAGUUACUCAAACUGACAAAAGACCUCCUCCUCCUCCUUAUGACUGUAGAUAUACAAGCCAGCCUCUGCAGAGUACUCAGCAUGUUGUUAAACACUCUCCUGUGGAAUUUCCUCAAAGUCAAAAAACGCACUUAUCUGAAAUGAGGAAAGACUUUUGUAGAGGCUUUCAACAGCAGUGGCAAAACCUUAAUGAAAAUUUCAGCACGAUGGGAAAUUCCUGUAACUUGAGAGUAAAUACCAACGUCAGUCAGCCUUUUAAUGAGCCUGUUAGAUCUUCUGUGGAUGGUGUUCAGGCUCUUGCUCAAAAUAAUCAAGAGAAAAGAGUGGAUUCUCGAAAUCAAACUUCACAUCAAAUACUGGACACAAGCGCCACCAAAGAAAAGUUAGUGAGAGAUAUUAAAACGUUAGUAGAAAUAAAAAAGAAGUUUUCGGACCUUGCAAGGAAAAUUAAAAUUAAUAAAAGUCUUUUAAUGGCAGCAGGUUGUAUUAAAACAACUAAUACCUCUUACAGUGAAUCAGCUCAAAAUUCUGGGUUGUCUCUGAAACAAACUGCCCAUAUCCAGUCUGGACCACAGGUAACCCUAGUCACUCCAGGGAAUGUGGAGGAUAAACUACCAAUGGUAAUGGAAUCUGCAGAAGAAACAAGUAGAACACAAAGUACAUUGAAUUCCAACCUCCAGGACAGAAAUUUUAACCACCUCAGUUCUGUUGUACUAAAUUCUGUCUGUUCAGAAAAGUUGGCAAUACCAGAACAGUUACAUGAUUUGGAUGUUGUGAGUUCUUUAAAGACAUCAACUGUUGAGAUUACCCAGGCAACAUUAAAUAACACCCAAUUUUCACCGGGAAAUUUUGUCAAGGUUGCACAGAACGUGCCAACAAAUUCUGAAACAACUUCUCUUCCUCAGUCUUCGUCCUUAAAUGAAUAUGUUUCAAAAUAUCCAAAUAAAAAUAGGCUAAUUCUCAGUUUACUUGCAUCUGGAGAUAAACCUCAAAAGAAAUUAUUAAAAGAUACUACUGAACAUAUUCACGAUUCUAAGCUGCAUAGUUUUGAAAUGAAUCCAAAUACCCAAAACACCGGUAACCAAUUGAAUUUGAAAACCAUGGAAACUCCAGGUACUCCAAGUACUUGUAAUAUAAAUGCCAAGAUUUCAGACAACUCUUCUUGCUUAGAGUGUAAAUCCUUAAAUGGAAUAUCAUCUAAAAGUGACCCUCCCUUUUCCAUGGAAUUGCUAACAACAUGUCUUUCUCUGUGGAAAAAGCAACCUUCAGAAGAAAAACAGUGUAAUGAAUCAGAAACAAACACAACAGCAGUUGGAAUUUCAAAGCCUGUGGACAUCUGUGAGAAAAGUCUGUUUUCAGCUGUGGGAAAUUCUCAGAAUAAGAUUGUAAACAGCUCACAAGAAACAGUUUUGUCAACGGUAGCACAGAAUUAUGAGUCUUCAGGAGCAACUACUGCAAAGGGGAUUGCUGUAGUGUCACCGUUAAUUCUUUCAGAUGUCAAAACAUUGUCUGUCAAAGGUAUGACACCUGAAACUUUACCUGAAACAGUGUAUCCAGUUAUUAAAGAAGGCAGUGUUUGUAGCUUACAAAAUAAAGUGACAGAAAAUACUGCUGCUUUGAAUGUGAAUGUUAAUGAACCAGUGACAAGUACCACAAGCACCAAGAUUUUCCCACUAAUUCAGAAGAACAAGCAAAGUGAGUCAGCUGAUACUAAUUCAGAAGGCACACCCAGUACCAGUCAAGGAAAACCAAGCAGAUCAGAACCAGAUACCCAGUAUCCCGUGAGUGAACAGCAAGCCUCAUAUAUAUCAAAAGACAUUGAUACUGUGGGCAGUGAUGUAUUACAUAUUGACAAUAUCUGUUCUCUUGUUGAAGGUGAUACCUCUUAUAAUUCCCAAAUAGCAAAGAUAUUUAACCUGCCCCCUUUGCAGAAGGUUGAGCCACAGAAACCUCUACCCAAUCACCAAGUGAUGAAUAGUAGACAGCAAAAUGGACAAUUAGACAACAUCACUGAAAAUAAAGACUCUGACUUUCAAAAAGAUAAUUCUGUGCAGUGCACAGAUGUUUCACACGAAAUAACUGAUCAGUCGAAGUCACUGCAGUCUCCAGAACCUUCAACCUUGAAGUAUGUUGAAGCAAAGAGUGGAAUUCUAGAGGAAAGCAGUUUGGAGCAUGUCACUAAAAAUGAAGGCGUGGCUCAUGACGUGUGUUCAUCAGCUGCUAUUCAGCAGGAUGGCUGCCCUCAGGAAGCUGAUAUGUCUUGUGAUUACACUGCCCUGGAUCUGACAACAGAUGAGAGUGUCGGUGAUAAGACACCCUUAUACCUGCAUGAUCAGCUGUCAGAACUUUUAAAAGAGUUUCCCUAUGGGAUUGAACCUGUGAACAUGCAUGAAGGUUCUGUGGUCCAACAAGUGGCAGACCAAAUCUCAAAAGCUCAAACUUGUGAUAAAAUUGGUUGUGACUCAAAAGACUCAACAGAUCAGAUACAAAUUACAAUAUUAAACUCAGAGCAGAUGAAAGAAUUAUUUCCUGAACAAGAUGAUCCACCCAAUGAGGUAGACACACUGACAGAACCUCAGAAAGAAAUGCCUGUCACAAAAGAAGGGAACCAGUGUGACGCACAAGCAUGCACAGUUGACGAAAACUGUGAUUCUGUAACACCAGAUUCGGAAAAAGAUGAUAUCCGCUGCUGUGCGUUGGGGUGGCUCUCUAUGGUUUAUGAAGGAGUACCUCAGUGCCAGUGCAACUCCAUGAAGAACUCAGCUUCAAAGAAAGAAAGAGGGAAAGAUCCACAUUCUCCUUCGGAAGCUAACAGGUAUAAACCAGCAGAGAGGACCUCUGCCAGAGUUGCUCCUGUUGCAUUUAACAGUCCUCCACACAAUCAGCCAAAGGUUCCUCCGACUCCAGUUGAGAAAAAGCAUUUUCCUGAAACAGAGCAAAACAGGAAUAUAAAAGAUAAAUCUAAAUCAGAGCAUAACAGCUCACUAAGGACAGAGCAAGAAUUAUCUGGUCAGUUUUUAUCCAAAGGUGAUAAAAAACCAGAUUCUUUGCAGAGUCAGAAAAGAAAAAGAAAACUGCAAUUUCAUGAGAUAACUUUUCACUCCACUAAUAAAAUUACAAAAUUUUCUCAAGAGAGCCUGCAGAGGAAGCUCAUGGCACAAAACUUACGACCACUAAAACCGAAGAUGGGCUUUUUGAUAAGUAAAAAUAAAGAUUUGCAUGUGAAGAAUGGUUCUUUGGUACAGUCAGUAUCACCAGAAAAGAGAAAAUUGAAAGCAGGUGGCUCUAAACAAAAAGUUUUGGAAAAAGGGAAGUUAGAUGAAGGAAGCAUACUUGAUUCAGAGAUAAAGAGGAAGAAAUAUGAUAAACAAGAGCAGAGUAAGAAUGUGGGAGGUGUUGCCUUUAAAUUCUGUAACCUCUUCUCAACCACAAAUGAAAGAGCCAGGAUUAAAGAAAAGACAGUGUCAAGCCUUAAGUCCUCAGGCUCUAAGGAUAGCUCAUCUAAAAUUAAUAGAGUUAUAUCACCAAAGGAGUAUUUAUCAAGGCAGAAGCAUAAAGAAGCAUUAAAGAAAAACUAUCUGAAAAAUGUACCAUGUGAUUCUCAGUAUAUGAAGUCCAGUAAACUUUAUAUGCGAGUAGGAAGUUGCGGGAAAUCAAAUGAGAGACACAAUGGCAGUGUACAGACCUCUAAGGAAUCAUUCAGUAUUGGUACAAGCCAUGGUAAAAACCUCAAAACCCAUCAUUCCAAGGAGUCUAAAACAUACAUUUCAAGGAAUAUUAAAGGAACAGUUGGUGGAAAGCAACCUGAUAAAAUGUGGGUUGAUAAAACCAAAUUAGACAAAAAUUUAAAUAACAUAAAUAAUGAAGUUGAAUUCAGCCAAAUGGGUUCCCAAACAAAGGAUCAAAGGAAACUGUAUCUGAACAGAGUUGCAUUUAAAUGCACUGAACGUGAGCGCAUUUGUCUCACAAAACUAGACAGUUCACCCAGGAAGCUUAAUAAAGAGAAGAGGCCAGAAAAUAAACCUAAGAGCCUUUUACCUGUGAAAGAUACCACAGAAAAACUAAGCAUGCUGGAGUUUAAAUUAUGUCCAGAGGGCCUGUUUAAGAAUACAAACCCUGUUGAAGACCAGAAGGAUCUGCAGCCUACCCCUAGGAAGGAGCAAGCCCCUGUGCAAGUUUCAGGAAUAAAAAGUACAAAAGAAGACUGGUUAAAAUGUAUGACUGAGGAGAAAAGGAUGCCGGAAGCCAACCAAGAAAUAGGUGAUAAUGUUUUGGCUAAUUCAGGACUCUCCAAGAGAAGCUUCAGUGCAGAUGAAUUUGAGACACUACAAAACCCAGUAAAAGAUUCAAAAGCAAUGUUUCAAACCUACAAAAAGAUGUACAUGGAGAAGAGAAGCAGAAGUCUUGGUAGCAGUCCUUUAGAAUAACUUUGAGACAUUAAUUCUUCUGAUGGUUCUGUAAUUGCUACAAGAAAAUUUCUGCCACUAUCUGUUCAAAAUAUUUUCCUGGAAAUACUCAGAUUGCCAUGAUAAAAUUUCUCAAUGGUUACCAUUGAGGUUAUGCAUAUCAUUGAAAUUAUUUAAAUUGGCUUAAGAGCCUUAUUUGUGGGUAGCAGACAUAAGAAAUAGAUGGUAUUUGUCAGGGAAUCCGUAAGGUAUUGAAUUCUGACAUUAUUAAACCAAGUUUGCCAUUAUUUUAAAAGGAAUUAUUACACAAAUCUUUGUUUUGAAAUGCUAGCUAUCCAUCGUAAGGGAGGCCUGUUCCUUAUUUAAGGACUUGUCCUCUGAGACUGUACUUUUGUUUCUAAAACUUACCAGCAAAACUUACUUUUCAGAAAUGCUCACUGUGAAUGUCAAAGUAUAUUCUUAAGUAUUUUGUACCGAAUUGUAAACUUUUUGUCGGAAGUCUUGUUUUAUACUUGUUAAACUGAACACAAUUUUUGGAUAAUGUUUAAACAUUACUUUUCAUACUUGAAAUAAACAUUUAUUUUU